GUUAUGAAGCAAUUUGUGCUAGCUGUCGUUUUAAUUAUUCUGAGAGUUUAUGUAUGUGAUGGUGAAACAGUAAUUGUUGGUACAACAAGUCAGCUUCUCUGUCAGUUUUUAAAUGGAAGCAAAUGGCAGAAAUUUGACAGCCCGACUGGAUUGUGGGAAUAUAUAUAUGAUGGUGAGAAGUACUCCGGUACUUCUUCUAGAGCCCUCACAAUAUCUAAUUUUCAAAUAGAAGAUUCUGGAAGCUAUAGGUGCUUGGCCGGCAUGACCGGACCUGGAGGUAACACCACAAGGCUCAAUCCUGAAAUUCAAACUUUCAUUGAUUCAACAGUCGCGCUGACCUGCAUUUUAUCAGGAACACCUUUAUAUUGGUAUAUUAUAGACAAGAAUAGAUUGCAAACAUUAUCAGACAACGACAAAUACGAUAUGUCUUCAACUAAUUCUUUGAAAAUAAAAACUAUAACAGCAGAUGAUUUUGCUAUUUAUUACUGUCAGCCACUAAAUGGAAUGAAAGGACCGCAAAUUACAGUUUCGUUAUCAGAUUGGUCGACUUGGACAACGUGGGGUGAUUGUAAUGCUGCAUGUGGCAUUGGUGAGCGUCAGAGAACACGCAUCUGCUCGGGUACAUGUACAGGUGAAGCCAUUCAAAGAGAGUCAUGUACUGUACUAACCCAUACUGAUGGAGGUUGGUCGUCAUGGGCAAAUUCAGGACCUUGUACAGGAUCAUGCGGAAAUGUUUUCCAAAAAAGGAUUCGUUUUUGUAAUAAUCCUCCACAAGCAAAUUGUGGUGCAGACUGCAAAGGAAAAGAUAAUGAUUUCAUCUCCUGUUUACUAUCUGCAUGUCCGGUUAAUGGAGGAUGGACGUCAUGGCUUUCCUUGGGAGCUUGUACCGUUUCAUGUGGAACUGGACUACAAAGUAGGACCCGUUAUUGCACUAAUCCUGCACCAGCAAACAACGGAUCUCAUUGUCAAGGAGAAGAAUAUGAUUACAUCUCCUGUACAUUAUCUGCAUGUCCAGUUGAUGGAGGAUGGUCCUCUUGGAAUUCCCUGGGAGAUUGUACCGUUACAUGUGGAACUGGACAACAAAGAAGGAGACGUUAUUGUGACAAUCCAUUACAAGCCAAUGGUGGCGCUAGUUGUCAUGGAGAAGAAUAUGACCUCCUUUCAUGUGAACUUUCUGAAUGUGCAGAACCAGAGCAACAGCAAUCAGGAAAUAUACCAAUAACAGUGGGAACAGUUUGUGGUGUCUUAGUCAUUGUAGUAGUAAUGACAGUUGUGGUUAUAUAUGCGAAAAGGAAAUGGUACAACUCAAAGAAGGCGCCGGAUUAUGAAAUAACUGAUAUAACGAGAGUUAAAGCUCACAUCUAUGGAGAAAUACAUGUCAAUCAUACAUACCAUAAUGAUCAACAGAGCGCUGAAAUAGAGGUUACUGCUGCAGAAAAUGAUAUCGAUACAACCACAACUACUACUGAAUAA